UCUGAUUUCAGAGUCUGCUCGGCAAUCCCAGGGCGCUGACGUGGCAGGGCAGUGGGAGGAGGUGGAGGGAGCGUGGGUGCUGCGCCCGCCAGCCCCUCUGCAGGCGACAGCGGUGGUACACUUCAUUGGGGGAGCGUUUGUUGGCGCGUCUCCUCAACUCACCUACCGCCUCUUCCUCACCACGCUGGCACAGAGGGGUCUGAUGGUGGUGGCAACGCCGUACGCGAGUGGCUUUGACCAUCUGAGGAUCGCAGACGAGGCGCAGUUCAGAUUCGACCGCUGCAUGCGUUCCCUCUCGCUUAAAGCCCAGCCGCCCAACGAUCCCAUGGACCUGCCAGUGUACGGCGUGGGGCACUCCAUGGGCGCCCUCGUGCAUCUCCUCAUUGGUGCUCGCUACGCCGUGGAGAGAGCUGGAAACGUCUUUCUCUCCUUCAACAACAAGGAGGCCAGUGCGGCCAUACCACUGUUCUCGCCGGUCAUCAUGCCCAUGGCGCAGAGUCUCGGCCCCAUCCUCACGCAGCUGCUCAACAACCCCACCCUCAAACUCGGGGCUGACGUGGCAGUGAAGCAGCUGAGGGAUCUCAACGCACCAAUGGUGGCACAGCUGCUGCCGCUGCUGGAGCAGCUGCCACCGCUGUACCGCGACCUCUCUGAUGGCCGUGAUCAGUUCACACCUGCUCCAGCUGAGACCCGCCGCCUGGCCCAGACGUACUACGGGGUGCGGCGCAACCUGCUGGUGCGAUUCAAGGAUGACACCAUCGACGAGACCGCUGACCUGGCGGACACGCUGGCAGCGGGCAGCGCUGUGUCUGCGUGCCUUGACCUCGCCAUGCGCACGCUGCCAGGCGACCACGUGCGGCCACUGCGCCAGGUGGUUCCUGAGAUUCCUCAGACUGUUGCUGACGUGGUCUCGCGAGGCAGCUCCCUGCUUGCCUCCAUGACAGCUGGCACACCGCUUGCUGACCUGGCGCGAGGCGUCAGCGACACGCUGACGGGGGCAGUGGGGCUGGGCGGGGAGGGGGAGGGUGGCGCAGGGGGCAUGGGAGGGGGGAUGGGGCGGAUGCAGCGGGACGUGCGGGAGGAUAUGGAGCAGCUGGUGGAUGAGCUGACACCCUUCUUGGCGGCCGCACCUGUGCCGUUCGAUCAAUGGGUCGGCAGUUUCGACGCUGACGUGUCCGCGUCGCUCCCGAAGGCAGGAAUAGACAUCGUGGAGACUGUACGCGAUAGAGGCAUCUCCAAGGCUGUGGAUGUGCCUUAUUUUGACCUGCCCGAGCGGGUGAUCAGGUCAGCUACUGAUUGGCUGGCGACGCAGGGCAGCAAAGACCUGGCAGCAGUGGCAGCUUUGCUCAUCCACGUGGCACUGCAUGAUAGGCCGCCCAGCGACCACGUGACCAUCUCCAAGGACGCGGCUCUCUCGCUGCUCGCCAUUCUCCUCCGCGUGCGACCCGCCACUCUCCAGCAAGUGCCUGACGCGCUGCUGCCGCCCAUAAAGGACAAACAAAGGCCGUCCAGUGCCCAGCAGCUGCCCACCAAGGAUGGUGCUUCAGCAGGCUCCCAAGUGGCAGAGGGGGAUAGGCUGGCGAUCCUUGCAUGGAUAUACGGGCAGGCAGCACGGGCGGACAGGGUGGCGGGCAUGUCGCUCUUCAUCCACUGCCUGCUGCCGCCUGCCAUCCACCCCACCGCCUCCCCCGCCAGCACGCACCUCGCCCUCACCUUCCUCGAGGAGGUGGUGUUGGAGAAUCGCAGGAAGGCCUAUGCGGAGCUGCACAGGGGUGCCGUGAGGGGCGGGCUGCGCCUCGUGCCGCCUGAGGCGCUGCAGUCGUUCCUGCUCGCCGCCUUCCCUGCCAAGGGCGACUGCACUGAGUUCACUCCCCGUUUCGCCCACGCGUACCUGAUAGUGAAGCAGCUGGCGCUGGUGAAGGGCACCCUCACGGGGGACGCUGGCGACUCUGACGCCGCCUCACAGGCCUCCCUUGCCCGUGCCAAGUCCAGCCAGGAAGCUGCGGAGAAGCUGCUUCCUCUCAUGUUUGACGCUGCACGAGAGGGGUCGGAGGAGGCGAGGGAGGAGGCGGGUGCCAUCAUGGUGUGGUGCCUCAUCGAGAACCCUGCCUGCUACUCCCAAUGGGAGCGGCUGCACAGCGGGGCGGUGGACACGUCGCGGCACAUGCUGGGUGGCAUGGAGCGGCGGUGGGAGGAGCUGAAGCUGCAGCUCGCCCCCUAUGCGCUGCUCAGAGCCUUCCUGCACGCCAUCCGCUGCCAGCACGCGCAAGCUCUGAGAUCUCUCGACCAAUCACAGGUGGAGGAACGGGCCACCAUCCGUCAGACAGACGCCGUGGCUAGGAAGCUUCAGAGAAAGAUCUCUCGGGUGCCUGGGUGUUUAGCCACAGUGGCCACUUUAAUAGCCUCUGCUGCCAUGGUGUACACUUUCUAUUGGCUCAGCCCAGGGAAGAACCCUUGGGGAUGGGAUGGCUAUAUCCUUCUCAGCAAGACGCACAGAUGGUACUGA